UCUUAUCUCUCUCCCUACACUUUUAUGUGUGUGUAUCUCUCGAUUAUAAUAUUUUGUAUGCAUGAAGACAUCAAUGCCUUUUAUCAAAUCCUAUAUCUCCAUCUUAUACAAGCAAACCAUGCCAGAUUACACUCAAAUAAUUCUCAUAGUUCCCAUGGUAAUGGAGGAAAUGAAGAUGAUAACGACUAUAGGGUUCCCGCUCUUUACCAUGGGGUUGGUGAGUUAUCUAAAAAAUAUGAUUUCGGUUGCAUGCAUGGGAAGGCUAGGGAGACUUGAGCUAGCUGGUGGUGCACUAGCCAUUGGGUUCACAAACAUAACGGGCUACUCGGUUCUAUCAGGGUUGGCUAUGGGGAUGGAACCACUUUGCAGCCAAGCUUUCGGUUCAAGAAACUUACACAUGGUUAACCUAUCGCUACAACGAACCAUACUUAUGUUAUUAUGUGCAUCACUACCCAUUGGGAUUCUAUGGCUUAACCUUGAACCGAUCAUGCUCAAGUUACACCAAGACCCCGAGAUUACACACAUUGCUAGUUUAUAUUGUAAAUACGCAGCCCCUGAUCUUAUUGUUUAUUGCAUUUUAAACCCUUUACGUAUAUUUCUAAGAACCAAUGGGAAAACAUGGCCAUUAAUGUGGUGUACCUUACUAUCAACACUUUUACAUUUUCCAAUUGCCAACAUUUUAGCCUUCACCCUUAACCUUGGUCUUCAAGGGAUUGCACUGUCGACAAUUAUCACCAACUUGAGUGCAUCGGCUUUCAUUCUUGGCUACAUGUUUUUCACGCAUACCCACGAGUCUGAACCGAUGGCUGAACAAGAGUCACUAGGGGAGGGGUGGGGCGUGCUAUUUCGGCUCGCGAUUUCCAGCUGUUUAGCGGUAUGUUCAGAAUGGUGGUGGUAUGAAUUACUAACACUUUUAGCCGGUUAUCUUCAUAAACCGUACAUUGCUUUAGCGACAUCUGCUAUAGUAAUCCAAACAACCUCUUUAAUGUACACAUUGCCAUCAGCGCUUAGUAUGUCAAUAUCGAUCCGGGUUGGGAACGAGCUUGGGGCAGGAGAACCGGGCCGGGCCCACCUGGCAACACUAGUGGCAAUCGGGCUCGCAAUAUUAACGUCAGUUUUUGGGCUGUUGGGGAUUACAUUUGGAAGAGAAGCAUGGGGAAAAGUGUUCACUAAUGAUAUUGAAGUUUUAGAGUUAGCAAUGGCUGCUUUACCCAUAAUUGGAAUAUGUGAGCUGGCAAACUGUCCACAAACCACAUGUUCGGGGGUUCUUCGAGGAAGUGCAAGGCCGUCUAUUAGUGCAAGAAUCAACCUAUGCUCGUUUUACUUGGUGGGUACACCCGUAGCCAUAAUUUCAGCUUUUGUGUGGAAGUUAGGAUUUUUGGGGUUGUGUUAUGGGCUUUUAGCGGCACAGGUGGCAUGUCUGCUAUCGAUCUUGACUGUGAUAUACAGGACAGAUUGGGAGAAAGAAGCAUCGGAUGCAAGGCAGUUGGUAGGAAGAAGCAGUGAAUGCACAUAUGAAGAUCAAACUAUGGAAUGUGAGCAAGGAAUUGGGUUUAUAUAGUUGUACACAAGGAGACAUGUCUAUUAUCGAUCUUGGCUGUGAUAUGCAGAACAAACUGAGAGAGAAAAGAAGCAUCGUACGCGUAACAGAUAGUAGGCAGAAGAUGAAGAUCAAAACAUCAAUGUGAGCUAGGAAUUGGGUUUAUUUAGUUGAUACUUAAUAG